AAAUUUGUUUCAAUCCAAUGUAAACAACGGAUAGAUGGCCUCUCUUACCCUUUCGCCCUCACCAUCGCCCUCGCCCUCUCCCUCCUCGUCCGCCCGCACCUCCCUCCAUCCCCUUCGCUUUCCUAUCCACUUGCCGUUGGCGUUCAUUCGCGACUUCCCUUCACGGGCGCUUGACAUUGUUCCACCGUUUUGCGACCAGUCGCCCCUUUCCCUCUCUGUGUGGCGGCCGUCGCCCUCUUCCGGGCGGCCACCCCAUCAUGUGUACAUAUUCUUACACGUACUACAGCCUCUGCAGACACGGCGAGCUUAUCCGUUUAUCCUACUGCGACAAGGCAACGACCCUCGGUCUUCCUCAGAAACACGACCGUUGGCGCCCCAGUGGCCCUCGUCCAGACAAGAGCGACAACAACAACAACAACAACAACAAGAACAACACCACCACCAACAAGCAAUCUGGUCCCGCAGGCUCAAAAGCCCACGGCCGCUCUCCUGGGCCGGACAAAGCCAGCUCAGCGUCGCAGCCCUCCUCGAGCGACGCACACAAUCGAGCCCCCAGCCAGAUCAUGUCAACGCUGAGGCCGUCUGAACCUGUGCCGUCUAGAAGCUGGGCCCAGGUCGCCGCCGGUCCCGUCAAGCAGUCCACACAACAGCUUACACCUAUUGUCAACCGUAUUCCACGCUCGGCCCUGCCCGACAUGGACGUCGCCGGUGCUGCUCUGCACCCCAGCCCUCACCAGUAUCGCAAGCUUGCAUCUCAUGACAGCCCUGCAUUGGAUAAGUCUGAAUACAACAAGCUGAACAUCAACAUCCCCUUGGAUACAUACUCCGGCUUCUCAAUGAGUCUCACUCACCAAGAUGGUAAGGUCCAGGAGAUUGUCACCCGCUUUGAGACCUUGAAUGAGCGUCCCGACUCUAGCGGAUCCCUCUCUGACAAUCCACGCCUGCACACAGGUGAUAUCCGCCCUCAAGCGUCGCACGCUUCGAUUGUUCGCCCUGCUGAGUCAGAUAUAGACGUUGAAUCAGAUACUGCUCACGGUACUGCUCCCGUAUAUACUCCCUCUCUGUCGCCCAGUACUCGACGCCGGCCUCAUACUUUGCCCUCUCCUGGACCGGAGCGUGGCCGCCCCACGCCAGUCGACGACGAGCCCACCCCAUCGCCGGGAAGCGCCAGAGCCAAGAAGAAAAGUACAGAGAUGGGAAGCCCGAGCCCACAUAGCCUGGGCAAGGCAAUGCCUACGCGGUGGGUCGGAAAGGUCCACGGCCCCUCACUCGCCACAGCACAGCGAGCUAUGCAACGAGAAGUUCGGAAGCGGGCGUCACAACCCGAAUUGCCCACCGAUGUCGGGCGCAAGACGGUUCGAGGAUCGCGUUCUUCAAUCGAUCAUGGCAGCCCCCGCAGCCCUGAGACCUCCACACAUCUUACUAAAAUGACACUGGAUGCGGCUGAGAGCGAUGUAAUGUCCGCUACCCUCGUGAUAAGGCGAACUCCGAGCAAACUACAGCCAUCAGAGACUUUGCCAAAAGCUAAGCCAUCUUCGCCAGUUCGGCAGAGCGCCGGCCAAACCUCGAACAUUAGAGUCACCAUGUCGCCCACCAGGGUCCCGCGAAGUUCCCUACAUAACGUCGACGCCGCUAGCCAGACCCAUCUCUCUGCCGGCACCGCUAAGCAUUCUCAUGCGCCCAGCUUGAGUUCUUCGGUAGGCGGCUACAAAACAGCGAGACAGUCACCGGUAAGCCAGGCCUCAGCACACUCAUUCCAUACUGCUCCCUGUGAGCCCCAGGAUGAUGUGCCUGAGUUUGACCUGACUUUUGAUCAUCAGGAGAGAUCGCCCCAAGGCCCAAGACUCCACAGUCGAGGCAAGUCGGAGCCGCACAUCAAGCUGCCAUCUAUCCCCGGAACCGCGAUCGCAAAGAAGGCCUCGACGUCGCGCUUGGGAUCUUUUAGCCCGGUAACUGCUGACCACAAACCGACCGCUGGGUCUUCAGAACCAUCGCCCCGUAAUCUCCGCACUGCAUCAACUCCCCGCGACGACGCAAACCCGCCCACUCCGCCGAAGCCAACAAAAGGGCUUCCGGAAGUGGUUAUUCGAGUGCAAAAAGAUACUCAGGGUCAAGAAUCCCAAGCGUACGCUACAGCAGGUACGGAAAGAUUGAGAGAGACUUACACUAUCAGCACCGUACCUCUCGAGGAAAUGGAAGCGGUCGAGCGAAAUCGUGAGGCCGUGACCUCUUGUUUCAAAGGUCGAGACGGGGAAGGAAAUAUGGCACACCGGGCGAUCGGUCCCAGGAGCGAAAUCUCCCGAGCUGCCAGCAUCGCGAGCGAGGCGACGCUGAAGGCCGAUCCCGCGACGAACCGAGAUCCGGUGCAGAAUGAUUCGGCAAUUAUUUUCAGUCGGAAGAAGGCAGACGGCUCGGGUAUGCUCCUCGUGAUCCCGAUCCGUCCACUAUCUAUCACCUGCAUGAUGGCUCACUCAAUACCCUCUACAGGCCCUGCCCCCACCUAUCCAGCUGUGGCCGAGACGUCAUCCGUAAUUUCAAAAGACAGCGACCAAACCAGCCAUUCCAGAGCAGCCGAAGAGGCAUCUUCCACCGCAGACACAGCCGGAGACCCAUAUAGUCGCAGGAAGACACCCGGCGAAAGUUCGUUGCUUUCGAGUCUGAAAUCCGGGCUCCGCGCAGACGUGCCGGAGUUUAUACCACAAGGACAUCCUGCAGCUCAAGAUCAAGUAGCCCCGUCGAACGAAGCGGUGGAGUACAGCCAGUUCCCCCAACCUCUGCCAUCCUUCGACCCCUUUGGUUGGGAUCCCUAUGGCAACCCUUGUUACAAUAUGCUGUAUACUAUUCAGACCGUUCCACCAGGGGCGACAUAUGACUGCGGGUCAUACCAACCAUGGUUAGAACGAGGAGCUAUAAUAUGGCCCAAACAUGGAAAGAUCCGGAAGUCUAAUGGGUCACCAAGACGUCCACGGCAGAAUCGCAGUGCCGAUGGCAGUGGUUCCCCUUCCAAGCAUCAGCGAGCUCAACUACCUAGGGAGGCAGUGCAACUGCAGGAAUGCGAGACUCCAGAGAAUGGGGACACCACACCUCGCCCCGCCGCAGCUACACCACCGCCGAGCAAAGCCUCCACUGAGCGUCCUGCUGAUAACGGUAAUGUCGAAUUUUGUAACGCAGAAAGGAGCGAACCAUUCCGGGGUCAACUUGACAUGAUUAGUGAACUAGCCGCAACUAUGACUGGAAUCUCCACCGGACGCGGUGCUCGCCACUUUACGCCGAACUUGCUGGAGAGUGUUGUUAAUCGUGAGGAUGACCACUCAAGUGUACACCAAGGCGGGCAACGUCCACAUGGUGGUCCUAUCGACUAUGACCAUCUUGCAACAUUGGACCCUGCAGCGUCUGGCUAUGCGACCAUUCUGGCUGGCGGGAGUGUCGUCCAUAACAGGUUUCAGGGGCGACCUCCACGCCAGGAACGGGCCCGCGGUCAUCACAACCGAAACUGGAACUCUUCCGUCGGUGCUGGAGUACCCUUGGAGGCGACUGCCCCCUUCCCGAACCCCGUCCCACCCCGAGGACCACGUCGUUCAGACGAUGAACAGGCAUUCAAUGCUGUGCCCUCCAACGCUCAGAGUUAUAUGGGUUACAUCGUGAAUAACAGAAACACAUGUGGACAUAUUCAGGUUGUCCGUACCGAUGAGUGGAGUAACCGACUGUGCAACACCUGUGAUCCUCGUCGAUAAGCGUCUGCUUCUUGCCGUGACUUUUCAGUUUCAGCCAUCGGUGCCUCUUUUGGUCACGCUAGACCGCAUUUGCAUGAUUGAUGUCUACCAGCAUUGUAUUGCCUUGGCCAUUACGAAUGACGAACAGGUUGGACGAACAGGUUGGACCUGAACCGGAUGGAUGCUAUUGGAGAUUUUCUCUAGAUACGCCAC